AUGGCAAGGGCUGGAUAUGACAACAUUGACGUGGUAGCUUGCACCGCAAGAAACAUUCUCGUCUCAAACUGCCCCGAGGUUGUGGACGAUGCUACGGCCGACACCGCUGUAUUUCUUAUCCUGGCUGCUCUAAGAGGCUUCAACAACGGCAUUAUGUCCACACGCAAUAGAACUUGGACGGGCCACAUACCUCCAGGGCCUCUUGGCCAUGAUCCCCAAGGCAAAACCCUUGGUAUUCUGGGUCUCGGCGGCAUUGGCAUCAAUUUGAAGAAAAAGAUGGAAAUAUUUGGGAUGAAUGUUAUCUAUUAUAACAGAUCACCUUCUGUUCUGUCUGACGGUGCCGAGUACGUCAGCUUUGACGAGUUGCUUGCAAAGAGCGACGUAUUGAGCCUUAAUCUACCACUGAAUGCCAAUACCCGAAACAUCAUCUCAACCGGAGAAUUCGAGAAGAUGAAGGAUGGCAUUGUCAUUGUCAACACGGCCCGAGGCGGCGUUCUGGAUGAAGAUGCCCUGGUCAAAGCCUUGACUUCUGGCAAAGUUCUCUCCGUAGGGCUCGAUGUCUAUCAAAGCGAGCCUGACAUCCACCCCGGCCUUCUAUCAAACCCGCAUGUCUGCAUGCUACCGCAUAUGGGUACAUCGACUGUGGAGGUACGGCGCUCUGAAUGA